CCAAGACCAGGACAGGUGUUGGGUUUGGUCGGGACGAACGGUAUUGGGAAGAGUACAGCUUUGAAGAUCUUAGCCGGCAAGCUGAAGCCCAACCUGGGACGAUAUGACGAUCCUCCUGAUUGGCAAGAAAUCCUGAAGUACUUCCGUGGGUCAGAGCUUCAGAACUACUUUACGAAGGUUUUGGAGGAUAACCUGAAGGCUCUGAUCAAGCCUCAGUAUGUCGAUCAUAUUCCGAGGGCCAUCAAGGGAAAUAUGACGGUGACGGACAUGCUCGAUUCGAAACUGGAACUCGAUAACAAGCAGCUCAUGUGUGAUGAACUCGAACUGAACAAGGUUCUUGAUCGCGACGUCUCUCAGCUUUCUGGAGGGGAGCUCCAGCGAUUUGCGAUUGCCAUGACUUGCAUCCAGAGGGCUAACGUUUACAUGUUCGACGAGCCUUCGUCAUACCUGGAUGUCAAGCAACGUCUCAGGGCUGCCGAAGUCAUUCGAUCACUGCUGAGCCCCGAUUGCUACGUCAUUGCCGUCGAGCACGAUUUGUCCGUGCUUGAUUAUCUCUCGGAUUUCGUCUGCUGUCUUUACGGCAAGCCGUCCAUGUACGGUGUCGUUACCAUGCCUUACUCGGUUCGUGAAGGUAUCAACAUAUUCCUUGACGGUUUCAUUCCGACCGAAAACUUGCGGUUCCGCGAGGACUCUCUUUCUUUUAAGAUGAUGGAGACUGCCGAAGAGAUCAUUCUCGACAAAACGCGGCAUUACCAAUACCCAGCCAUGACAAAGACGAUGGGCAACUUCAAACUUACUGUUGAGGCGGGUAGCUUCACCGAUUCAGAGAUCAUUGUCAUGCUUGGCGAGAACGGGACGGGCAAGACGACGUUCGUGCGCCUGCUUGCAGGCGUAACGACUCCCGAUGUCGAGUCGGACAAGAUGGAGUUGGCGGUGUCGCUCAAACCACAGACGAUUUCGCCCAAGUUCCCGGGCUCAGUCCGGAUGCUGCUCCUCAAGCAAAUCAAGCAAGCAUUCAUGCACCCCCAAUUCCAGACGGACGUGCUGAAACCAAUGAACCUGGAUAAUAUUAUGGACCAGGAGGUCAAAACAUUGUCUGGAGGAGAGUUGCAGAGAGUUGCCAUCGUUUUGGCUCUCGGCAAGCCUAAUGUCUCUGUCUAUCUUCUCGACGAACCUAGCUCGUUCCUUGACUCCGAGCAGCGUAUCAUCGCCAGUAAGGUCAUCAAGCGGUUCAUUCUCCAUGCUAAGAAGACCGCCUUCGUCAUUGAGCACGACUUCAUCAUGGCUACAUACCUCGCUGACCGUGUCAUCGUCUUUGAAGGCCAGCCAGCCAUCGCUGCUACUGCUACUCCUCCUCAAUCACUGCUUUCGGGCAUGAACCGCUUCCUUAAAUCGCUCGAGAUUACGUUCCGUCGCGAUCCUACCAACUUCCGCCCGCGUGUCAACAAGCUCAACAGUGUCAAGGACCGUGAGCAGAAAUCCAUGGGCAACUACUUCUUCCUUGAGGAGUAA